AUGGAGUGCCAGCUGUCAGGCGAGCAGAUCCGUGGAUUGUGCCGAGCAGUUCAGUGCCUGGCCAAGGUGGCUCACAGCGAUUACAUCACCUUCCUUGCAGCUCCUGUGGAGGUACGACGUGAACGACUCCCGUGGAGGUACGACGUGAACGACUCCACGACUCCCGUGGAGUUGUCACUGCAAGGCAUCAACACGGCCAAGACGGCCUACCUGGUGGUCAACUUCGCCACGGACUACUUUCAAACCUUCAACCUCUCCCAACCCACCUGCUCCUGCUCCGCGCUCGUCAAGUCAGUACUGGCGGUGUUCCGCACGGCGCCUGCAGCUAUGCGGACCCUCACCAUCACAGCGGACGGCAAGGAGCCCGACAACAUUCGAUGGAUCAUCGACUGCCAAAACGGCAUGCGCAAGAUAUACACCAUCGCAUGUGUGAACGAUAGGGAGGUGCUAUCAGCGUCCAUCGACCCGUCCACGUACCCCUCCUCGCUCGUCGCCCGCCCCAAGGCCCUUCUACGGACGCCCACCAACCAAGGUGACUUCAGUGACUGGCUCAAAGCGUUUCUGCCUCCUGCUCCUCUGCGCGAUGCCUUGCUCCCCGUACAGGCUCUUCACAUUCAGUGCUCGUCAGCAGACGGACGGCUGGAGGCGUCCCCGGAAGCAGCGAUGCACACGCAGCUGUGGGUGGACCCUGGGGAGCACUUUGAGGCGUACUGCCACAGGGGGGACGCUGUGGACGUCACUUUCAGCGUGAAGGAGGUGAAGUGUGUUGGUGGUUGGAUUCAAGGGAGCACUUUGAGGCGUUCUGCCAUGCCGGGGAUGCAGUGGACGUUACUGUCGGUGUGUACGAGUGGAGUGGAGCGCUUUGAUGUGUACAGCCACCCACAUGGGCAAUCGCCUGCCCUCCUGCUUCACACCCACACUCCCCCCACCCCACCCUCCCCUCCCCCCACACUCCCCCCACCCCACCCUCCCCUCCCCCCACACUCCUCUUCGUUUUUCGAUGGCCCCUUCCCACGCCACCAGGCGUUUGUGCAGUUCUGUGAGUCAGCAGCAGCAGACGUGGUGAUGCUCUUCCAUCGAGCCGGAGCAGAAGAUCCAGGAGGAGGAGGGCUGGGUGAAGGCGAAGAAGAGGGAGCGGAUGAGAUGAGGGGCGAGGAAGGUGCUGAGAAUGUUCCGUUGAAGGAUCCAGGUGCAGGAGCAAGGCUGGAAGCAGGCUGGGCGCAUGGAAAGCGAUGGUCAGACCUCUCAGGGGCGAAAGGCACAGCACACAGGCCUGGUGCGGAUUCAGCAGGUCCGGGUGGAGGAGAGGGGAGUGGCAGAGGGCGAAGAGGAAGCAGCACGUGGCCCAGGGAGCAGCAACAACCACUUCCAGGCCAUGCGCAGCAGGAUCAACGGCAGCAACAGCACGAUCAGUACCAACAAAAGCUGGCAGCCAAUCAGGUUCCAGACAGCGAGGACGCCACCGAGGAGCUUCCCAUUGGUCGGCUGGCAGCGGCAUCACGAGGCGGUAGUGGCGGUGGCGGUGGCGGUGGCGGUGGUGGUGUUGCUGGUGGAUGCAACACUGGGGGUAGUGUGGAUGGGAAUGGCAUGGUGACUGGCGGUGCUGCUGAUGUGUCUGCUGCCCGAUUCAUGCCCACGGAGGCAUCCACCCCUGGGAGGCUAGCAGCACCACAUCAACGUAUUGGUGAUGAAGAUGAGUAUGUGGAUGCCACUCCACCUGAGAGGAGGAUGUAUGACGACGAGGAUGAAACCAUGGACUAA